AUAUCUCUCUCUCUCUCAAUCCCUUUCACUCCUUCUGUCUGUUUUGGAUGACAUACACCAUCUGGGAGUAUCAAACCAUAAUUUUUCCUCUUUUUAUAUACCCUGGAAGAUCUUUUUGUUCCCUGCAUUGAAGAUUUUUAAUUAAAGUAUUAAAAGAACACAGGUGAGCUCUGAAUGUGUUCUCACACAAUCUGGACAGCUUCACUUAACACAUUAACAAAUGAAUUAUUGAGGACUCUCUGACCUCAGGAUCCCACGUUGCUACACUUAGAGACUUUUGAAACCUCUCGAGGUUUCUCUUUAACCCACAGUGAUUGUGUUGACAGAGCAUGAGCUUGCAGACAGUGUUCUUUGGAGGAUUGUUAGGCAUUGUACAGUGUAAAAUGGAACUACAGAAUAUAUCAAACGGUCACUAUGUUCUCAACUCUGACAGAAUUCUUGAGAAUGGAUCUGAUGCCCUUGAAAACAUGACAGAGGGUGAUACCUUCCUCCCCAGUAAGAGCAAUGGAAAGACAGAGACUCAGUUUACAGAUUUCGAGGGAAAGACUUCUUUCGGAAUGUCUGUUUUCAACCUCAGCAAUGCCAUCAUAGGCAGUGGAAUUCUUGGACUGGCUUAUGCCAUGGCCAACACCGGAAUCAUCCUUUUUGUAUUCCUGUUGCUAUCCAUCGCUGUUCUCUCUGCUUACUCCAUACACCUGCUUCUGGAGUGUGCAGGAGUGGUUGGGAUCCGUGCAUAUGAACAGCUCGGGAACCAUGCAUUUGGUCAACCUGGGAAAAUAUUAGCAGCAUGCAUUAUAACAAUGCAUAACAUUGGAGCAAUGUCCAGUUACUUGUUCAUUGUGAAAAUGGAGUUACCUCAUAUUAUUCAGGGUCUUCUGCCAGAUAACUCAGAUUCCUGGCUUGUUGACGGGAGGUAUCUCAUCAUUAUCGUCAGUGUCUUGGUCAUUUUUCCCCUGGCAUUGAUGAAACAACUUGGGUAUCUGGGCUACACCAGUGGUUUCUCCCUCAGCUGCAUGGUCUUCUUCCUUAUAGCUGUCAUCUACAAGAAGUUUGUCUCAGAGUGUCCUGAUGAACACACCUAUAACAAAACUGUGCCCACUGAAAGCAUAUACAACUCCACCGAUGACAUGUGUGAAGCUAAACUUAUAACUAUCAACCCAGAGACUGCUUUUACCAUUCCAAUUAUGGCGUUUGCUUUUGUGUGUCACCCUGAAGUGUUGCCUAUUUACACAGAACUCAAAAAUGCAAGCAAGAAACGCAUGCAAAAUGUUGCUAAUAUCUCUAUUUUGGCAAUGUUUGUCAUGUACCUGCUGACUGCCAUCUUUGGCUACCUCACCUUCUAUGGAACUGUGGAGUCCGAGCUUCUGAAUAUGUACAGUAAAAAUGACACCCUGAUGCUGUGUGUUCGGCUGGCUGUGCUGAUAGCAGUGACACUGACCGUUCCCGUUGUCCUUUUCCCGAUUCGUCGUGCUGUUUUGCAGCUUCUUUUCCCAGAUAAACCUUUCUGUUGGGUGCGACACAUCUCUAUCGCUGUUUGCCUCCUCUUCUUAGUCAACCUGCUCGUCAUUUUUGUGCCCAACAUUCGUGACAUAUUUGGCUUCAUCGGUGCCACAUCUGCUCCCAGCCUCAUUUUUAUUCUUCCGGGAAUAUUCUACAUUUACAUCGUCCCUGAGGAAAAGGAGCCGUUGAAAUCUCGGCCAAAGAUCCAGGCGAUUGCAUUUGUGACACUGGGUUUCAUCUUCAUGAUUAUGAGCAUUACGUUCAUCAUAAUCGAGUGGGUCACCGGAAAGAAGACAUCGGGUGGCCACUGAGAGAGCACCACCGGAUUCCAAACAUUAAAGACCAAAUCUAAUACAGAACACAAAACUCUUGAACAUGCAACGUCUGCAUCAGGUUCAGUUUCAAGUUAACUCCUCAGUUUCAAUACGUCCAGUUAACUAACUUCAAGAAAAAUGCAAAGAAGACUGGUAACACAUGAUCUUGAAUAAUUAAAGCUAUGAUGUUCUAAGGACAUUUUACAAAUAUUUAUGGAAUUUUUAAUGAAAGCCACUUUUACAUGCAAAGUUAUUGCUGUUAUGACCGGCAGAUGGAACUUUCUAAACUACACAAUACUGAUGGAAAAUGUGAAACUGAGAUGAGAAUUCACUCAUCUAUAUAGCCAAAGUUGUAAACAUGCCGUUUGAAGUCUACCUCCUACUACACAGAGCAAUUUUACCGUUACAGAGUCCAUUUUUACAGCUCACUUGGGGUCCAAAGAUCUUUUAUAAGUGAAAAUUCUUGUUUAAUACACAAUUUUCAUUCUAAAAACAAUAUUAUCAGCUUAGCAUAAUAAUAUUAGAUCCUAAACAACACCAUUUUAUUAUUAUAAUAAUCACAUUUAUUUUUUUGUUUUGAUUUUUAUCCUAAAACUAAUCCAUAAACAUUUUAUUUCCAGAGUUAAUUUUGAUUUUGUAUCCCACAUAUUCAAUUUGGUCUCUGAAUUUGGUGAAUUUAAUUUUUAAAGAAAUAAUAGGCAGUUCUGUUAUUCAACAUGCCUAAAAGCAGCUUAUAACAUUAUUCAAUAAGGAAGAGUACCGUUUUUGAAUUCUAGCAUUGUUUUAAGCACAAUGCUUCAAUGUCAGAGGAUGAACCUGAAGUUAAUAAAUGUAUUUACUGUGUUUUUUCUCAUUACAUAAUCAAAGAAAUUAAAUCUACAGUACAAGAUAUCUUACAGUACACAAUUAGUGUUUAGCGCAGUUCUUGUCAUAUGACAACAUUUCUGUACUCCGUUUAAGAGAGAAGGAAUAUAAAUGUCUGAAUACGAAAUAUCUAGCAGUAUUUCAGAAACACACAACACUGCUUGUGAUCUUUCAUGUUGUAUGUCAUUUUGGAAAUACUUUUUGAACAUCUUGAAAAUUAGAAUACUUUUAACAAACUUGAAAAAUGUUGUUAAAAUAAUUUAUUACUGGUUUACAUGGUGACGUGACAAAAAAUUAACUCCAGAAAUGGGCCGGAUAAUGAUUAUUAUUUUUUUUUUUAACUUACUACAGUAUAACACAGUAUUGAUAGGUCUGCAGAAUUUAUCAUCAAUAAUAAGCUCACUGAAAUGUCCCUGUGGUCAUACUAUGCCCAUCUGCGUUACUUCUCAUCAGUAUCUGUGAGUUUACAUGGACCAGGACUAAAAUUGUUUCCUGCUGGUCAUUACAACUACUUUAUCAUAAAUGUCAACAUGUAUGGUUGUUUUGUAUAGUCUUUUAUGUACAUAUUGUGUGUGGAAUGGAAGAAACCUUCCAUUAUUUCUUGUAAAUCAGUGUACAUAUUCUGUGUACAUAUUCUACAGUCUUUUUCUGCUCUGAUUGGGCUUGAAUGGUGGUUGAAAAUAAAACGUAAUACUGAACGGAUCAAUAA